UCAGAUUUUUAAUUCAAAAAAAUGGCUUUUGAUUCUCUGAAAGCCACCUUUUGCUUUGCUUUCUCUGUUAGUCUUCUCUGUUUGCUUCCAAGCACGGCCAAUGCAGGAAUCACCAGACACUACAAGUUUCAUAUUCAAUUGCAGAAUGUAACAAGGCUCUGCCAAACAAAGACCGUCGUGACCGUUAACGGGCAGUUUCCCGGGCCUAGAAUCAUUGCUAGAGAAGGCGAUCGUCUCUUAAUCAAAGUCGUCAAUCGUGUCCAAAAUAAUAUAUCCCUACAUUGGCAUGGAGUGCGACAGAUGCGGAGUGGGUGGGCGGACGGGCCAGCGUACGUGACACAAUGCCCAAUCCAAACGGGGCAGAGCUAUGUGUAUAACUUCACAGUAAAUGGGCAAAGAGGGACAUUGUUCUGGCAUGCUCAUAUCUCAUGGCUAAGGUCCACUGUGUAUGGCCCAAUCAUCAUUCUCCCAAGAACCCAUCAGCCUUACCCUUUCCCUCGGCCUCUUAAAGAAGUUCCCAUCAUUUUUGGGGAGUGGUGGAAGGCUGAUACAGAGGCUGUCAUCAACCAAGCCAUGCAAACCGGUGGUGCUCCAAAUAUUUCUGAUGCUUUCACCUUCAAUGGCCUCCCUGGCCCCUCCUAUAACUGCUCUGCUCAAGAUACCUUCAAGCUCAAGGUAAAGCCAGGCAAAUCCUAUUUACUCCGAUUGAUCAAUGCAGCACUCAACGACGAGCUCUUCUUCAGCAUCGCCGACCACACACUCACCGUCGUCGAAGCCGAUGCUGUUUACGUCAAGCCCUUCAAAACCAAUGUCGUUCUCAUCACUCCAGGACAGACCAUGAACGUCCUUCUCCACACCAAAUCCAACGCUCCCAAUGCCACAUUCCUCAUCGCCGCCCGGCCAUACGCCACCGCACCGGCCGCCUUUGACAACACCACUGUCACUGGUCUGCUUGAGUACGAAUCCACAAAAUCUCUUUUAAAGAAGAACAUUAAGCUCCCUCUUCAUAAACCGGUUCUUCCCCGGUUCAAUGACACGAGUUUUUCGAUCAAGUUUAACGGGAAGAUUCGGAGCUUGGCGAAUUCGAAAUUCCCAGCGAAAGUGCCGACGAGGGUUGAUCGGAGAUUCUUUUUCACGGUGGGAUUGGGGUUGUUGCCGUGCCGGAGGAACCGAUCCUGUCAAGGCCCAAAUAACACCAGACUAUCGGCAUCGAUCAAUAAUGUGACGUUCGUGCAGCCAAACACGGCUCUUCUACAAGCCCAUUUUUUUAACAAAUCUAACGGUGUUUACACCACUGAUUUUCCGGCCAAUCCGCCGUUCAAAUUCAAUUACACAGGCUCGCCGCCGAAGAACUCGAUGGUGAGUAGCGGAACGAAGGUGGUGGUGCUACCGUACAACGCCGCCGUGGAACUGGUAAUGCAGGACACGAGUAUCGUGACGGCGGAGAGCCACCCGCUCCAUCUACACGGCUUCAAUUUCUUCGUGGUGGGUCAAGGCAUCGGAAAUUUCGACCCGAACAAAGACCCGGCUAAGUUCAACCUCGCCGACCCGGCGGAGAGGAACACUGUCGGAGUCCCAUCCGGCGGCUGGGUGGCAAUCCGAUUCGUCGCUGAUAAUCCGGGGGCAUGGUUCAUGCACUGCCACUUGGAAGUUCAUACCAGCUGGGGGUUGAAAAUGGCCUGGAUCGUACAGGACGGAAAACGGCCCAACCAGAAGCUCCCGCCGCCACCUUCCGAUCUGCCUAAAUGCUAAAUGUUCGUUUUCAUCGUUAGCUUUGAAGUUCAUCCCUUUGAAUUGAAAGUAGAAGCUUAUUGUUAAUUUGAU